AUGCUGGGCACACGGCUGGUGCUGCUGGCGCUGGUGCUGGCUUCCUGCAGCAAGCUUGCGGUGGCCCUGCAAUGCUUCACCUGUCUCGAGCCCACCGGGGUGUCCGACUGUGUCACCGUCACCACCUGCAGUGUCAAUGAGACCAUGUGCAAGACCACGCUCUACUCCCUGGAGACAGUGUACCCUUUCCUGGGGGACUCGACGGUGACCAAGUCCUGCGCCAGGAAGUGCGAGCCCUCGGACGUGGACGGCAUCGGCCUGACGCGGCCAGUGUCCUGCUGCAAUGCCGACCUCUGCAACGUGGACGGGGCGCCCGCCCCGGGCGGCCCCCGCAGCCUGGCCCUCGCCCUCCCGCUCGCAUCCCUCCUGAGCCUCCUAUGCUAG